AUGGCUGGCCUGGCCCAGUCCCCCCGGAUUCACCAUUGGUUUGGAAAGUAUUUACUCAAGGGAUUUUCAACCGCAAUCGUCCCGUCACAAAAGUUGAACGAUGCGACUCUCUGGCAUCUCUAUUACAGUGAUGGGGGGAGGUUGCCUUAUCCAGACAUGGGCGCCAUCCAAUGCGCCGAUGUCGACGGCAAUGAGAUGGCAAAAGGGCGUCAUAUUCUGGGAUGGUGUUCCGAGGCUCACUUUUAUGCCGGAUCAAAAGACGCUAAUUACGCCAUCCGGGAAUCUCGUCUCGGCUCACCCGGGAAAGACUUCUCUCUCGAGAAAGUCUCCUUAUCGGUCGGCCAGGUUGUCACAGGUGGCUGCCAGUUUAGUAUCGGCCGCAAAGACACCCCCAUCCGCAUCACCCGGGGUGGCUACGUCGACAAGCUCCGCUGGAUCCGCCAACGCUACUUCACUCUCUACGACGUCGAAGACAACCGAGGCUUUCUCAUCGAUGGAGCAAGCACUCUUUUGCACCUUCUCCGCACCUCGCUCCAUCUCUCCUCGGUCGACGAGUUUGCGAGCGAGUUCCUCUUCGAACACUCCAAGUUCCAAGAGUCCACAGACCCGCUCAAGCGCAGCUCGGCGCUCAAAGUCCUCCUCAGCGAAGCCAACCGUAGACUCCCCCUGUACCGCGAGGACGCAAACACCUCCACCACAGUCCAGCACCGCAUCGAACAGCUGUACGAAACGCUAGAGAAACUCGUCGACCACGCCAGCCACGCCGAAGCCGCACACAAGGGCAUCAACUCCAAGCCCCGCAUAAGCACCCACCUCAAGGGCUGGGACUUUGCCGAGCUCGCCACCGACCGCGACCCCUUCCACCUCAAGGUGACCAAGCUCCCGCUCUCGGUCCCCUGGGUCGACUUCACGCGCGCCAUACCCGCCGUGACGCUGUUCGGCCGCGGGUUCGGCGAGCUCAUCCGCCCCGCCGCCCACCCCCAUCCACAGACGCAAACACAGACCAUGGCACAAGCCUGCCUCGACUGGAUGGCUCUGCCGACAGGCCAGUACCACCUCUGCGUGGGCGUCGCCGACCUCCGCGAGAUCGUCCGACGCACGGUAGGCAGCGACGACGCAGUGGUACCUAGCAGUAGCAGCAGUAGCAAUAACAACAGCCCGCUCACCGUUGCGCCGGGGAUGGUGUUGUGCUACAACAAGAGCGGCAACAACACUCCCAUGGGCGGCAGCGGGGAGAUGUUCCGUAGAUGUGCGUGCGUGGGGCCAACCGGAGCCGCGGCGACGGCGGCACGCCCCGUGCUCAAACCGAAGGAGGCCGCCUAUGGUGGUUUCCAGCCCGUUCUAGAACUCGUUUUGGAGGGGUUUGGCUGGGGGGGUAUGGGGGGUAUGACGUCUCUCUUCAACGACACCGACGGCAGUGGCGGCGGUGGCUCAAAGGUGAUUGUGGACCUCUCGGCUUGUCCGCCGGAGGGGGCGGUCAUCCUCGGCAUGCCAAAGUCGAAACGACUAUGGCCCUGGCAGCACCAGCAGCAGAGUCUGCCGCCUGCUCUGUCGUUGCCGUCGUUGUCUUUGGGGGUCCGGUCGUCCCUGUCGCAGGGAACGAGUCUGUCGUCGGCGGGCUCGGCGGGCUCGACGGGUUCGAGUGCGAGCACCACCGAGUUGGAUUCGGAGCUUGGGUCUGGGUUUGGGUCUGGGUCCGGAUUCGGAUUCGGGUCCGGGUCGGUGACGCCGCCUACUUCGGUGGCUUCGGGCGGGAGUGGAGCGGGAGAUGAUACGGAUCCGGUGCCUGGAGGCGGGGGCUUGGGUUCUCCUGUUGGCGCUGGCACGAAACGGCGGCGGGGUUGGUGCAGUUCGGAGGAUGGCAGUGAGGGGGGCGGGAUGGGGAGCGUGGAGAGUGGCAAAAGGAGGAAGAUGUUGAGUAAGAUGAGGGGCAUAGGGAGGGCGCUUGUGAGAGGGGCGCCGGGAAGGGAUGAGGGUGUGAGCAGGGAGAUAUCGGGAGAUGUGGAGAUGGAGGAGGGGUGA